AGAAACCUCUCCUCACAACUACGUGAAGUAGUAGGUUCCCGAGAUGACUGCGCCAAGUUUCAGAGACUGCAAGGCAUGGCAUGCUGAGGGCCUUUCACUCUCCACCAGCAGUAAUGAGGCCUGUAAAAUCUAUGAUGCCAUGCUCACUCAGUAUGUGACAUGGCGCAACGAUAAAGCCCUUGGAGGAAUUGAAGGUUGCAUAUCUGCAAUCAAGACAGCUGAUCCAGACUUUGUGAUGGGGCAUGUGAUAAGCACAGGGCUGGAGCUGAUGGGCACAGGGAGCUCCAUCCGUCUAAAUGAGCGACUGGGGAACGCUGUGAGGCAAACUGUGGAGCUGGCCGCCACCCAGGACAUCACCCCCCGAGAGAGGCUCCAUGUCAAGGCCAUGGAGCUCUUUUCUCUUGGAAAUUUUCCCAGGGCUUGUGACGUAUGGGAGGAGAUUCUGGUCGAACACCCCACCGACCUGCUGGCCCUGAAGUUUGCUCAUGACGGCUACUUCUACAUGGGAGCCCAGACCCAGAUGAGGGACUCGGUGAUCAGGGUGCUGCCUCACUGGAAACCAUGUAUGCCUCUCUUUAGCUACCUUAAAGGACUGCAUUCCUUCGGCCUCCUGGAAACUCAUUUCUAUGAACAAGCUGAGGAAGUGGCCAAAGAGGGGCUUGCUAUGACCCCAGAGGAUGCAUGGUGUGUCCACUCUGUAGCCCAUGUCCAUGAGAUGAAGGGGGAGGUAGAAAAAGGCCUGAAGUUCAUGGAGACUACUGAGAAGGACUGGCAGGGAUGUGAUAUGCUGGCUUGUCAUAACUAUUGGCACUGGGCACUGUACUACGUUGAGAAGGGGCAGUAUGAAGCCGCUCUGACAAUAUUCGAUGAGCAGGUUUCCAGAAGCUGUAAGGCCACUGGAGCCAUGUUAGACACGGUUGAUGCCUGCUCCCUGCUCUACAGACUGCAAAUGGAGGGUGUGUGUGUGAAGGACCGUUGGCGGGAACUGGAACAGGUCACACUGCCUCACAGAGACGACCACGUGACCCUGUUUAAUGACCUCCACUUUCUCAUGGUGUCACUGGGGGCCGAGGACACCUGCAACACCCAGCGUCUGCUGGAGGGCCUCCGUGAGAUGGCCAAAGAACCCGGGGAAAAUUACCAACACCAGCUGGUUGAGGGCAUUGGUGUGCCUAUGUGUCAGGCCCUGAUGGAGUACGACCAAGGCAACUAUAGCCGUGCUGUGGAACUGCUAUGCCCUAUACGCUACCGCAUGGUGAAGAUAGGGGGGAGUGAUGCACAGAGGGACAUCUUCAAUCAACUGCUUAUUCAUGCGGCCAUGAAAUCUGCGAAGAAGCACCACCUGAAACUAGCAAGAUGUCUUUUGGUGGAGCGUGAUGCUCUCAAGGCGAACUCCCCACUAACACAUCGUUUGAUCCAGAGAGCCAAUGCUCUGCAUAUCUAGACUGGCUGCAAACUGUGAGUUGUGCCCUCCCAAAAACAUCAAAGCACCAAGAUAAUCUAAUUUAUUUGGUUUUGGAAGACCCUGGCUCAGGCUUCGCCGGGGGACAAGAACAUGGGACUGUUGCAGAGAUAGUUAACAUCCUCCUGCUGCACUGUCUAGUAUAUGGAUUGGAGCUCUUGCAGAUGGCUGGUGUUUUUAGGGAGUCAUUUCUGUGUUCCCCAGAUUUAUAUGGCACAUAAUGGGAACAUGACAAAGGGUCCUAUGUUUUCCCCAGUUCUGCAUAUGUGCUCUCCCAGGGUCCUAUGUUCCCAGGUUAGGUUGAGGUUAAGAUUGAGGGUUAGCUAUUGGGUUAGGAUUAGGUUUUUUUUUUCUUGGAUCCUCCCCCCCCCUUCUCCCAACAGCUUGUUUGCAGUUGUGAUUCUGAUGACGCGUGAGAUUCAGGUGGAGGUCAGGAAGUGAAAAGCAGAAUGGACGAGAUGGAGCUAGUUUAGCCCGAACUGUGCUAGUUUAUACGAUAUUAUGAGAGAAGGGUAUAAACAGAAAGUAAGAUUUUGACAUGAUCCUUAUGUUAUGAAGAGUGAUUUUUUUUUUUUGACGAAGUGGUCACUGCACACACGCGCGUUAUCCAACUCCGCUCCUCCCGACCACAGACGACGGUUCGCAAGCCAUUUUUUCCAGUGUUUUCGGUCAAUUUCUUGCAUUCCCCCCCCCCCCUUAUGAACAACAACUUUUGGUACUCAAUAAAAACUCCCGUGGUUUCUCAGUUAAUGACGCCAAACAUAGGCAUUUUGAAAGUUUGUGAUAGUGCUUCCUAUGUAGAAAAUCACUUCCUGCCCUUCAUCUGUAGUUCGUGACGUCAUAUGCAAACAAUCUAUUGUAUCCGGCCAAUUACCCCACUCUUCCGAGCCGUCCCGAUCACUGCUUCACCCCCUCUGCUAAUCCAAGGAGGGCUGCAGACUACCACAUGCCUCCUCCGGUACACGUGGAGUCGCCAGCUGCUGCUUUUCACCUGACAGUGAGGCGUUUCACCAGGGGUGCAUAGCGCGUGGGAGGAUCACGCUAUUCCCCCCGCCCCCGAAUAGAGGAGGCGCUAGUGCAGCGACCAGGACAAUACACCCACAUUUGGCUUCCCAGCCGCAGACACGGACAAUUGUGUCUGUAGGGACGCCCGACCAAGCCGGAGGUAACAUGGAGAUUCGAACCAGCGAUCCCCAUGUUGGCAGGGAAAUGGAAUAGACCACUACGCUACCCGGACACCCCAGGUUAAGAUUAGGUUAGAUUUACGGGAUGAGAGUUAAUCUGUAGGAGUCUGUGUAUGUUAAUAGAAUAUUGAACGGGGGAGCAUAGGUACCUGGGAACACAGAUGUUCUCUCCUUUUUCACUUUUAAAGCUUACAAAUUAAACUAUCACCAGGUACACGGCUUAAAAUUGUGCUAAAAUUAAAAAUUAAUCCCUUGUUAACCUAAUAAUUCUAGAGGGACCAAGUAUGCGCACAUCAUUCAGGUGCAAGAAAAAAUAUAAUUCAUUGCAAGGUACAAAGUAGUAUCUUUUUUAUACACUUUUUUCUCUAUUAAGAUUGUUCUUUUACUUGUUGGGGUGUGUGAUAGGUCUAUUGAUACCACCACAGAGACCUGACUGAAGAUGGGAGUUUUGUGAUUAUUUACAGCCUGUUCAUUCUUGUGACCACCGUCUUGUGUUUGUUUUCCCUGCUGCUUGCUGACCAGUUUUCACGUUUGCCUGAGGAAGAUCUUAUAGAUCGAAACGUUGCCUUAAGAUAGAGUAUAAAACUAUUUAUUGGCAGCUUAAGUGUGCAGAGCUCAUUCCUUUGUACCCUACAAUGAAGUAUAAUUACGUGCAUUAACUUGUAAUUGUAUCUAGGGAUUCCGUAGUUUUGUACUGAUGUUACUAAUUUCUGUGAUGCCGUUCUUGUUAUAAGCAGUAAUUUUAUUAGCAGCUGUGCCACAUUUAAAUAUAAAAUACUUUUUAGAAAUCUUCACUAUAAAUACAAAAGUCAAUGCUCAAAAUCAAUAAAUAUACAUUUUGCUCUUUGAAUGCCACCACGCUGU